GUUUCCGGUGUUUAUCGGCUCCCCCUCUCUGGGGCCAGACUGGGAGCGCUCCUGGUUCCAGAUAGUAGUCCAUCCAGAACCGACCCCCGGUUCUGCAGAAACCCCUCCCACUGCUGGGAAACCGAAACCAUCCAGAGAGCUUAAAAAGCCGCUGCAUCCUAAACUCCUCCAUUUUAACUCAAAGUUCGCGGAAGGACAUUUUGUGCUCCCACAGCUCGGUUCUGGUGUCGGUUCUGCUCAUGGCUUUCAACCAGUCUCCGUUCUACAACCCGCCAAUCCCUUUCACCGGAUCCAUCCACGGCGGCCUGCAGGAGGGGAAGUCCAUCAUCAUCAGCGGACGCGUCAUUCCAGGCGUGGACAGGUUCCAUGUGAACCUCCAGUGCGGCUCCAGGAGCGGGGCGGACAUCGCCUUCCACUUCAACCCGCGCUACGACGGCCAUCCCUACGUCGUCACCAACAGCUUCCAGUACGGCAACUGGGGCUCCGAGGAGAGGAAGCAGCACGCGCCGCUGCCCGCCGGCAGCAACUUCACCCUGCAGAUCACCGUCACCCGGGACUUCUACCAGGUGAGCGUGAACGGCAGCCACUUCAUGGACUACAGGCAUCGCAUCCCGUUCCAGCAGGUUGACACCAUUACAGUCGGUGGAAGAGUGGAAAUUUCCUCCAUUUCCUUCUCCACUCCAGUGUUUGCUGUGCAGCCGUUUCCGCAGCAGGCUUUCCCGAGCCAAUCCGCCUUCCCGUCCUACCCCGGCUUCCCCCCCCAGCCAGGAUUCCCAGCUCAGCCUGGAUUUCCUCCUGCAGCGCCUGUUGUUCCGUACAAGAACUUCAUCAGCAGCGGACUCCAGCCCGGCAGGACCAUCACCAUCCAGGGCGUCGUCCAGCCCAGCGCCACCAGGUUCCACAUGAACCUCACCCACCAGUCUGGCAUCGCUCUACAUUACAAUCCACGAUUCAACGAGAACGUUGUGGUCCGAAACACCAAGCAGUGGGACAAGUGGGGCUCUGAGGAGCGCGGCGGCGGCAUGCCCUUCCAUCGAGGACAGUCUUUCACGCUGACCGUUAUCUGUGAGAACAACUUGUUCCGUCUGGUGGUGAACUGGAUGCAGGCCCACACCUACAAACACCGCUUCUCUCCGCUGCAGAACAUCAACGGCCUGGAGAUCGAAGGAGACAUCCAGCUGACCUCCGUCAUCGUUUAGGUUCUGAUCUAGAGGAGCCAACAGCCAUAAAACGCUGGAACCUGCUGGCGUUAAAGAAGCAUGCUGUGGAAUUCACUGCCAUCUAGUGGUCAAGAUGUAGAUGGCAGCCAACACACGCAGACCAAUAAAACGUCAUGGUUCACUG